AUGACACUAGCGUGCAAGAUAGCUGACCUCCUCACCCUCGCCACCCACGCACUAAACCACGUCAUGUCCGGCCAGCACGCCUUGCGAUGCGCCGACGAGCGCAAAUCCGCGCUUCAGCAGCUCACCCUAACAGUCCAGGCAGCGGGAAAACUCGCUUGUGUCGCGCAUAUAGAAGCACUGGCCGCGGGCGGAACGGUGACAGGUGAGACGGAGGGGAGGGUGGUGGUGGUGGAGACUGAGGCGAUUAAGGCCGAAACAGAAAGGGUUAGUCAGGAGGUCGAGAGGUCUCUGGCUGAGACGGCGAGGCUGCGUGCCGAGGCGGAAAAGGUUGCGAGGGAGACGGAGAGGGCGAGGGCUGCUGCGGAGAAGGCUGGUAGGGAGACUGAGAGGGCGGUGGCGGAGACGGAGCGGCUAAAGGCGCAGGCGAUGAUGGUGCGGAGUGAGAAGAUAAGGAUUGAUGCGGAGACGGAGAGGCUGAAGGUGGAGACGGAGAGGGUGCGGUCGGUGCAAGUGAUGGGCGGGGAGAAGCUAAAAUCCGAGGGGGUGGCGAUGGCGGUUGGUGCUGAGGCUAGGGGCCCGACGGCGGAGAGGGAGCGGAAGAAUAUAGAGCUGGGGAGGGUGGAGGGUAAGGAUCCUGCCAGAUCGGCGCGAGAGACGCAACGGAUAUCACUCAAGGAGAUAGUAGAGGGACUAGAGCUACAGACAGACCAGCCGAUGGCAGAACAAGAGAGAUGGAGGCAGGCGGUAGAGGCGCCGAGGCCCACGAACUACCUGGAGAUGCUGAUCGCGGAGGUUGCGCGGAAGGAGAGGGAGGCGAGCAGGUUGGGCAAUGACCCUAAGAGGUGGGCGCAGGUAGUGUAG